AUGGUAAGGCUACUGUUGCUUUCGGUCUAUGUGGUAUCGGCCAUGUCAGACCCCAGGGCGGAACUGAUAAAAUACACGUUCCAGAACGAAGAGGGCAAGAGUCCAUCUGGUCCGGAGUGUGGCCCAUCAUUCUGUUUCGACAAGCAGAUGGCAAACUGUUUCCAACAGUUGCCGGCCGAUGUGUGCAUGAAGGCAGUUUACAUGUGCGUGAAGUACAUGUUUGCGGAUUCAAAGCCACAAGAGUUUUGCGAGAAGGAGAAGAAGAAUGGGAAUGGUGCAGCCGUUGAUGCUUUGGCAACUUCGGAAGCGGAGCAAGCGAAUGCGAAGAUGGCACAGAUGCCCGUGCCGGAGGCCAUCUGGCUCGUGUUCCUAGUCGUAUUCGCCAUGUGGAUCGUCUCCAAACACUUCCUUCUUCGGCCGAAGAACGAGAUCAGACCAUUGAAAAUGCCUCUGCUGUGUGAUGCUGUUUAA